GACCCCUCGCUUGUAUACAAGCGCCAUUUUGGUUGAACGCAGGGGCUAAAGUGGUGACAAGCAUUUUGUCUGUGGAACUGAACUUCGCGGCAACCAACUAUUGCUUUAAAUCACUAAACGUGCUGUUAGAUUGUUUUAUUAAACGCGGUACUUUCUUUAGCAUUGUUUUAUUUUAAACAAUUUUAGACAUAGCUUGCUGGCUAGCUACGUCAUUUCAGUUUGUGAAGCGGAAGAAGAAAACAGGAGGACGUUAAGAAAGGCCUAGUGAACGGCGUACUUCGAGACAAAAUUGUUGGGAAGACAUUGAUAUAAAAACAGCAAACUACAUUUGGAUACUGAGCCCAACGGCAAUAUGGCGGACGACUUUGAUAUAGAAGCUAUGCUUGAGGCUCCUUUCAAAAAGGAUGAGCUCAGGUCCAGUAGUGCCAACGGACACGAGGAGCGUAGUAAGAAGAAAAAGAGGAGUAAAAGUCGUAGCAAGAGCCGCGACAGGCGCAGGAGCAAAAGUCGGGACCGCAAAAAGGUUCGGGACACGAAGAGGAGCAAGAGCCGCGAGAAGAAGCGCAGCCGCAGCAAAGAGCGGCGCCGCAGCCGCUCGCGCAGCCGGGAGCGCGGCGGCCGCUACCGAGUCCGCAAGAGCCCCUUUUCUGGGCCGAAAUUUAACGGUGGUCCCAGGGGGAAGAUUGGCCCACCACCAGCCAUCAAACUAAGCCGGAGGAGGUCUAGAAGCCGCAGCCCGUUCAAGAAAGACAAGAGCCCAGUCAGGACAAACAGAAACAUCUCUCAGAAUCACUCAGGACACCAACCGCAUGGGGAGCCCAUCGAUAACCUGACCCCGGAGGAGCGGGACGCCCGCACCGUCUUCUGCAUGCAGCUGGCCGCCCGCAUCCGCCCCCGCGACCUGGAGGAGUUCUUCUCAGCCGUGGGAAAGGUGAGAGACGUGAGGAUGAUUUCGGACAGAAACUCCCGGAGGUCAAAGGGCAUCGCCUACAUCGAGUUCGUGGAGGCGACCUCCGUUCCCCUGGCCAUCGGCCUCACGGGCCAGAGACUCUUGGGCGUGCCCAUCAUCGUCCAGGCCUCGCAGGCGGAGAAGAACAGGGCCGCCGCCAUGGCCAACAACCUGCAGAAGGGCAGCGCCGGGCCCAUGAGGCUGUACGUGGGCUCCCUGCACUUCAACAUCACCGAGGACAUGCUGCGCGGGAUCUUCGAGCCGUUCGGGAGGAUCGAAAGCAUUCAGCUGAUGAUGGACAGCGAAACGGGGCGGUCCAAAGGAUACGGUUUCAUCACGUUCGCAGACGCCGAGUGCGCCAAGAAGGCCCUGGAGCAGCUGAACGGGUUCGAGCUGGCCGGGCGGCCCAUGAAGGUGGGCCACGUGACGGAGCGCACGGACGCGUCCACCGCCAGCUCCUUCCUGGACAGCGACGAGCUGGAGAGGACCGGCAUCGACCUGGGCACCACCGGCCGGCUGCAGCUCAUGGCCCGGCUGGCCGAAGGUACGGGCUUGCAGAUCCCCCCUGCAGCACAGCAGGCUCUGCAGAUGAGCGGGUCCAUACCUUUCGGAGCCAUGGCAGCUGUGACGGAUUUACAAGCCAGGUUGACUCAGCCCCCUGAAGCAGCUGCUAUGAACCCAGCGUUGAACUUAAACCUGAACAUGAACAUGAAUGUGAACACUCCCUUGAAUCUGCCCACCCAGCCCAUCGCCACACACUGCUUUCAGCUCUCAAAUAUGUUCAACCCUCAGUCGGAAGAUGGUCCUGGCUGGGACAUUGAAAUUCAAGAUGAUGUCAUGGAAGAAUGCAACAAACACGGCGGGGUUGUGCACAUAUACGUCGACAAGAAUUCUGCACAAGGAAACGUGUACGUGAAAUGUCCGACCAUCCCCGCCGCCAUGGCCGCCGUGAACGCGCUGCACGGACGGUGGUUCGCAGGGAAGAUGAUCACGGCCGCGUACGUCCCCCUCCCCACGUACCACAACCUGUUCCCCGACUCCGUGACCGCCACUCAGCUGCUGAUGCCCAACCGGCGAUGAUUCGGCCGCCAGAGCCGCCGCGGUCUAACGCCUACUGCUUUGGAUUGUACAUAAUUGAAAGGCUUUUUUUUUUUUCUUGACAGUUGGAAGCAUAUGGAUUGUCAGCUCUCCAGUCCUGAGUAGCAAAUUUCGGCACAAUCUUUUUUUUUAAUUUUUUUUUUUUUUAAUUUUUUUUAAAUCCUCCAAGCCGUUUGAAGAAUAAAUUCCCUUUCUCAACACCCGUAAUUCUUGAGGCUUUUCUUUCAGGAAAAAAAAGUUUGAUGUCAGAAGCCAGGCUUCAUUAGUGUUACUGCAUCUGUACAUAAGUUACACUGUUGGUUAAGUCUGAACAUGCAUCAUAAAGGGGCGUGUCAUGUACAGCUAGCCGGUCAAGCUCUCCCAUUGGCCGUUUUAACAUCUCUGAUCCUUUUUUGUACAUACAGUCGGAAUGUUUUUCACUGAGACGCAGUGUAGAAUGAACUUGCCUUCAAACACCAAAAAAAAAAAAAACCUAUUUUGAACCUUGUGAGGAGAGCAAACAUUGUAACUUUACUUGUCCAUCUGCAUAGUUGGUGUUUUCAGCUCUAUGAGCUCUGAAAUCUAAUUGACCGAUUUACUCAUUUGUGUUCAUUAGGAGACCACUUGGUAUUUCUUAAGUAUCUGUUUUGUAAUCAAGAUUUGAUUUUGUAAAAAAGAAAAAGACUCUUGAUUAAAAUUAAUUUCCAAUAAAGUUAUUGUUGUGGUCA